UUAACAACAACAUCAUUUCCACCAUCAUGGCACUCGUUCUCCCCACUUUGACCGCCUUCACUUCUUCGCGUCUCAUGGCUAUUCUGACGGCCAAGACCCAAGCAGAUUUCACUACGGCGUUUGAUGCGCUUUUCGCGCAUAAUGUUAAUGUCAUUUACAAUGGAAAGCAAGUUUCAAGGGAGCAGUAUCAGGCACAGUUGCUCAGUCAGAGUAGCGCUGCUGUUGAAGAGCAAGGUGCGAGCGUCAGUGUUCAAGGUCAACUAGAAGUCCCCGGCGACAAGGGACAAAUCUCUGGGCUCGUCGGUCUAUUUUACACUUCCCUCGUUGACUCAAAGUUCCUUGUCUUGGGAGCUCCUGCGGAAAGCAAAGUGACUUCCUCAUUCAAUGCGAUUAUUCAGGCGACAGAGCCUCGACCCCAGCCUAACCCCCGCAUUCGGGGAUAUUUUGACCCCCGUCGCAUAGUGACGGUGAACCAGAUUGCCACCGAUCAAGCCGUGCAUGUCAGCAUUCCUGUCGCUUCCAUCAAUGCAAGCUCACCCGGCGUCACUACCACUGAGAAUUUCACGUUGGGCCCUGGCCCUAGAAAGCUGCCGCCAGGGCCGUUUGGUGGACACUUUGGUCCCGGACCAGUGCGCUUGGACCCUUUGGAGACAAAUCCUCAGCAAGAGACGUUCCCAGGGGAUGGGGAGUUUGGCGCUCCACCGGUUGUGAUCCCUGGAGAAACUAUCGGUGAAGAUACCAACCCUAAGGCAUGAGUAUCUUAGACUCCCUCUCAUACAGUAUGUGACACGGACAUAUGUUGACCUAUGUAUCACUACUUGUACAUUACAGUAUAGCACAGUCGAAAUAAUCUUUCUGAAUGCAAACGUGACGAUGUGAUAUAAACU